AUGGCCAAGAGUGACUCAGUCUACAGUGAAGAGCAUGAUAGGGUCAACAGAAGUGAUUAUCAGCAGACAAAGAAAGAAAUCAAGUCCUUGCAAGAGAAGAUGGAUUUGCUUCUUUCCAACCAAGCUAAACAGGAGCAGAUGAACUUUGUGGGUGGUCCAAGUCAAGAGGUUCCUCUUAAGGUCAAUGAGGCUGAUGGUUUGGAAGGCCAAGAAGAGCUAUGCUUCAUCAACAACAAUGGUACUUGGUACAGGAAGGAACCUAACUUUCAGUACAACAACUACCAGCAAAGGUCUUACUCCAACAACCAGCAAGGAGGAUACCAGCCAAAGCAAAACACUCAGCAAGGGAGCUAUCAGCCUAGGCAAAACAUCCCUCUUGGUUUCAGCAAUCACAGCAAUCAGUCUACUCAAGCUCAAGGAAGUUUUUCACAAGCUCCAGCUUCAGAUACAAGUGUGGAUGCCAUGUUCAAGAAAUUCUUGGAUUUUCAGGCAAAGAAUGAGAAAACAAUGGGUUAUGAGUUCAAGAACAUUCACUCCAAGAUCGAUGGAAGCUACAAUGAGCUCAACAACAAGAUCCAAAAUUUGGAGAACCAGUUUGCUUCUAUGAACUCUCAGCCAAGUCGCCAACAAGGGUCAUUACCUGGAAAGCCAGAGCAAAACCCCAAGGAAACAAUGAAGGUAAUCACCCUACGGAGUGGUAGAGAGUUGCCUCCAAGAGUUCUCACCAAGGAUGGUGAAAAACAAGGUGGGGAGGUGGCCAUCAACAUUGAUGAUGAAGUGGUGAUUGUAGAUGAGAAGGUUGAUGAAGAGAUUCUGGAAAAGAUUAUUGAAGCUAAGGGUAAAGGAAAGGUUGGAGAAGAGAAGAUGACAGUGAAACAUGAUGUUGUUAAGAAGGAGAUUCUAAAACUCCUAGAUGCAGGAGUAAUCUAUCCUAUUUCGGAUAGCAAAUGGGUGUCUCCUGUGCAUGUUGUCACAAAGAAGGGUGAAAUAACUGUGGUUAAAAAUGAUAAGAAUGAACUAAUUCCAACAAGAAAAAUAACAGGACAUAGGAUGUUCAUAGAUUGUAGAAAAUUAAACUCAGCAUCUAGAAAGGAUCAUUUUCCAUUGCCAUUCAUUGAUCAAAUGCUUGAGAGACUUGCAAAUCAUCCCUAUUACUGUUUUCUUGAUGGGUAUUCAGGGUUCUUCCAAAUACCCAAACAUCCAAAUGAUCAAGAGAAAACAACAUUGACAUGCCCUUAUGGUACCUUUGCUUAUCGAAGGAUGCUAUUUGGGCUAUGUAAUGCUCCAGCUACCUUCCAAAGGUGCAUGAUGUCUAUUUUCUCUGAUCUUAUAGAGGAUGUUGUGGAGGUGUUCAUGGAUGACUUCUCUGUCUACAGAUCUUCGUUUUCUGCUUGUUUGUCCAAUCUUAGCAGGGUCCUAAAGAGAUGUGAAGAGACCAACCUUGUGCUGAACUGGGAGAAGUGUCACUUCAUGGUUAAAGAAGGGAUUGUGCUUGGACACAAGAUUCCAGAGAAAGGGAUUGAGGUGGACAAGGCUAAGAUUGAAGUGAUGGUUGGGUUAGCUCCACCAAAGACAGUGAAAGACAUUAGAAUCUUCCUUGGUCAUGUUGGAUCCUAUAGAAGAUUCAUCAAAGACUUCUCCAUGAUAGCUAGGCCAAUGACUAAGCUUCUGUGCAAGGAAGUUGCAUUAAACUUUGAUUGGGAAUGUCUAGAAGCAUUCAAGAAGUUGAAGGACAAGCUGGUUAGUGCCCCCGUUGUGCAGCCACCAGAUGGGGAUCUCCCCUUUGAGAUCAUACAAGCCAAUGGUGUAGCUGAUCACUUGUCUAGACUGAAGAUUGAGUGUGGGAUCCUCAUUGAUGAAGGGCUACCAGAAGAACAAAUUAUGGUAAUUAGAGCAGUGGUAGCAGUUUGUGACACUGGAAAGAAGCUUGAAGAGAGAUACUAUUGGGAUGAGCCUUACCUCUACAUCCUUUGUAGAGAUCAACUCUAUAGAAGAGUAGUAGCUGAAGACGAAGUUGAAGGGAUCCUUACACACUGUCAUGGAUCAUCCUAUGGAGGCCAUUUCGCUACUUUCAAGACUGUUUCGAAGGUGUUACAAGCUGGGUUUUGGUGGCCUCAUAUGUUCAAGGACACUCAAGACUUUGUCUCUAGGUGCGAUUCAUGCCAAAUGAGAGGGAACAUCACCAAACGGAAUGAGAUGCCUCAAAACCCAAUUCAAGAAGUGGAGGUGUUUGAUGUGUGGGGUAUUGAUUUCAUGGGACCAUUCCCACCAUCUUUUGGCAACAAAUACAUCCUUGUAGAUGUUGAUUAUGUCUCCAAGUGGGUGGAAGCUGUAGCAAGUCCCACCAAUGAUUCUAGAGUGGUGAUCAAGAUGUUCAAAGGCACCAUAUUUCCAAGGGUUCAUGAGAUUUGGGGAUUUUUCGAAACUACUAUAAUUCCAUAUGACUUUGGCUUGGUACAAAUGGGGAGAAAGGAUCAACACAAGAUAGAGGCCGAGAAACAAGAGCUUGCCAAGCAAGAGACUGCUAGACAUGGGAAGCAUUUAACCUCCGUAUCUACAACGGGAGGAACUUCUAGGCAACAAGCCUUGGCAGCAAAGAAGAGAGAUGGCAAGCAGGAUGUAACUGCCGAGGGAGUGGAUGCUAGCGGUAGAAGGUCAGCCCCUCCCAAAAGAUCUAAGGAACCAAAAGGCAAGGGGAUAGCUCUUCCUCAAGUGGAGGAAAAUGAAGACAUCACUGAAGAAGACCAAGCUCCCCUCAAGAAAGCCAAAGUGUCUAAAGGGAAGAAGAUUGGAAUUGGUGGCUUGAUAACUACAUUGAUUAAGUUCAAGGAUAUACCCUUAGAAGAUGAUCCAACUGGUCCCGCUUUCAUGGAUGGAAGCUACUUGAAGAAAGCUCAGUACUUCAGUGGAAGGUUCGAGGGAACUUGUGUCUACUCUUACCUAAAGUCUACAAAGGAGGUUGAAGUGCUUCUCCCAAAUUGGGACCUCAAGAGCUUGACGCGACCAGGAGCUAUUAGCUUUGAUAUUGGGGAAAAACACCUCCUUGGACCCCAUGAAGCUUCAGCUCAGUUCAUGAAGAAGAUGGCUAAUAUACUGACUAGAGGAGCUGUGGCAGGAUGCUCAUCAUCAGACUUUGACUUCCUUACCCCCCAGCCGCAUCCCCCAAUAGAUCCUUUGGCACUCAGUUUCCCCGCCACUAAGAAACAACUACUCCGCCGGAAGAGAAACCCACCAGCUCAACCAUCCGAUUCAAGAAACAAAUCUCCAUCCCUUGCCUCGACAGAUAAGGAAGCUGACACCGAGGAUGAGGCAUCGGCCUCUUCCCACGCUCCCUAUUGA